AACACAUGCUUAUACAUUAAAUAUAUUUGCACAGUAGAAAGUGUGUGUACUCUCUGUGUGUGUGUGCGUGAGAGAGAGAGAGAGAGAGAGAGAGAGAGAGAGAGAUUAGCAGAGAGAAGCCAUGAAUGCACCUGAUCGUUACGAACGUUUCGUCGUCCCUGAAGGCACCAAGAAGGUCUCUUAUGAGAGGGACACCAAGAUCAUCAAUGCUGCUUCUUUCACCGUCGAGAGAGAGGACCACACCAUAGGCAACAUCCUUCGCAUGCAACUUCACAGAGACCCUAACGUGUUUUUCGCUGGAUACAAGCUUCCUCACCCUCUUCAGUACAAAAUUAUUGUCAGGAUACACACCACUAGUCAGUCUUCGCCAAUGCAGGCAUAUAAUCAGUCUAUUAAUGAUCUGGACAGAGAACUUGAUCAUUUGAAGAAUGCCUUCGAGGCAGAGAUGUUGAAGUUUUCAAGGGACUAUUGAUUUACAGUCAAGAUGGAAGUUGUGUGGGUUAGAAGCCUUAGCAGAUACUGAGAUAGCAAGUGGCUCCUGCUAAAUGGAAUUUAAAUAGAAUUUUUUUAGUGUUUUAUUUAAAUGGUUAAAGAUGGUUUGUGUUGAACUAAGGAAUUUUUGCAGUUGUGAACAAUUUCAUAGGUAACAAAAAUGCAUUAACCGGAGGAUUUGCACUAUAUCA